AUGUCUACCCAGCCUAGUUCCCAGAUGGAUCGCCUUCUGGAGCGCGCAAAGCAGACCAAGAGAACUCAUCCAGCCGAUCGCGCUGGUGAAUCCAUCAGCGCAAUGGAGAUGUGGCGCCUGGUCUACGCAAACAUGUCCGUGAUCAGCAAGAGCAUGCCUGAUGCUCCUCCCGAUAUUCAGCGCGCCUUGGCAGAAGCGAAGACUUUCGAAGACUGCUCCCGGCCAGACUCCAUCAAAACUCCACUCAAGCAGCCGAAAGUAGAGAGCAAUGCAGUCCUCGACGACCAGCAAGACAGUGACAAAAAGCCAAAAGUCAACGUCACCCCAAUCAAUCAUGAACAAACCAACGAGACAAGCCCAGACCAAGUGCACCCCGCGAGAAGAAUUCAAAUGCGACUUCCCGAGCUAGACACUGCUGCAUCUCCACCAGCCGACCAGCUUCUUAGCGCCAGUGCCGAAACUUCAUCGAAAGUGAAUGAGCAAAGAACAGCAAGCACACCCUCGCACAAGUCUGAGGUCUCAGUGACCCUCAGCAUCAGCAGCCCCGCAAGCCAUAUGUCAGAUCGCGACACCGUACGUCCAUCUCGGCGCGAACGAGCUGAGCUGCACAAUGAACAGAACUACUCGUUGAUGUCCUCUCACCAGCAAGACAAUCAAGGCCCUACAAAGUCGCCUGGUCUUACUCUUGUAAGCCGUCCCGAGACAUCCCCGGUGCCCAUGCGAUCAACCUUCCCGGAUCUCUCGGUUAAGGAAUUUCCAAAAGACGGAGUCUUGUUUGAGGCAUCCAACGCGUAUGCUGCACUCCUAGGACCUGGUAGAGAGAACGUGGUUCUCGUAUCUACUUCGAUGCGUGGUCAACCUCCAUUACGCCAAUAUCAAUCCGAUGCCAAUGCUGUCAUGAGAGGAUUGAGACAAUACCACUUGAUGGACCGUGCCGGGGUGGAGAUCAGGAUGCCCCUCGGAAUCUUCCAUCGGGAAAACCGCUCGUUUUUCAAGCCCGGUAUGCUUGCCGAUGAGGAUGCCAGAAGAAAUACAGAGAAUCAGUCGUCAUCCUGCAGACAAUCACGAACAUCUGAGAAGCAUCAAGGAGACUCCGCCCACGAACGACGAAGAAGUCGCAGUCCUCUAGCCCAGAGAGAACAAAAGCAUCGCUCGGAUAGACCACGACGUUCUCCUUCGCCUUUCCGCUCAAGCCAAAGAGAGAUUCGACAUGGUCGAUUGAACGAAGAUCACAUUCACGAUGGCUCGCUUGAUUCGAGAAAACGAUCCACUUCUCGCAACUUUAAACGUGAACUUGAGGAGGGAGAGCUCGACUCUUAG